AUAAUGGUUGAGCAGUACGUUGGAAAAUGGAAAAUGACUUCAAGUGACAAUUUUGAUGAAUAUAUGAAGGCUGUAGGUGCUAGUUUUGCCUCUCGACAAAUGGCAAACCUUGCUAAACCAAGUUUGUUGAUUGCUGUGGAUGAGCAGGGCUUCAUUACUAUGAAAGCUGUUACUACAUUCAAGACCCUGGAAAUCAAAUUCAAGUUAGAUGAGGAAUUUGAUGAGACGACAGCAGAUGACAGGAAAGUGAAGACUACUAUGAGCCUUGCGGAUGGUAAACUUAUUCAAAAGCAGACCUGGGAAGGAAAGACCACAAUAAUUGAAAGAGAGAUUCAAGACACGAAAAUGAUAGCGAAAUGCACCAUGGAUGACGUUGUGGCUAUCAGGACAUAUGAAAAAGAUGCAUGA